GUUUGAGCAGGGUGGCAGGGCAGGUUCAAAGAACUACUGUUUACUACGUGCGGUUCCUGCAAUCCAAAGCCACGGCAUGUAAUUACCCCUCUGUCCAUGUCUCACCUUCCCCACCACCAAGUCACCUCAUUCCGUCAUGACUGCGCCUACCCAUGAAUCCUCCACGGUUGCUUGCCGUCGUCGGCAAGAGUUCAAGCGCGCUUGCCUUGGCUCCAGUCUUUCAGAAUCUAGGUCAUUCAGCUCUGCCGGAAAACAUGCCUUUGACCUCUCAUUCGCCGAACUCAACUGAUGCAAAUCUAUUUCCCGGUCAGCUGGGAACUUCCAAUGCCGCUGGCUCCUUCCGGUAUCUGGCCGGCCCGGAGGCCAGCUGGAUAGCUGGAUGAUGUAUCACGACAUACCCCGGGAAAGGGUCGCUAAAACUACACAAUGCACAUCGCCAUGGUUGAAUCUCUCCCAUUGUCCGAAUCAGCAUCGAGAACUUGAUCAAGGAGAAAACAGCAUCCUUUAUUAGCAGCGAACAACCACCAAUCAGACAGUUGUCGUCAUUGACUUGCUAUCAACCCGCUCUCUCACAAAUCCGGCGAACUCGCCUCACCGCAAUAUUUGCACAUCUAAAAUGAAACAAUUGCAUCAUCCACCCCCCAGUGGCUCAAUGGACCAUGUAAGCAUUCGGACGAGGCAGCCAGGGACCCUUCCUGCCGUGACCUCGUACCUGCGUGCAUGAGGAAGAUCGUUUCCAUUACUCGGCCAGAGCGACACUUUACGCGUGGUUGAUCAUAGGGGUCCACUGGCACCCUGGCGCGAGUGGCAGGCACCCUCCUGAAGCUGGGAGACGACACCAGAAGGGUGGACUUUUAUAUACGGCCAAGGUGGUCACACAACUGCCCGCUACUGCCUUGAACCCCUACACCAUCUUCUCCUUAAUAGCCUGCAAGCUCAACAGAAGCAACCACCACAGCAAUGGCUACUUCAGUCACAUCCACCAUGACCCGUCCCCUGGACAAACACACUCUAAGACACUCGCACGACCUUCCACUUCCCAAAGGCCCCGAAGUUCUCGAUAUUCGCUCCUCUCAGGAAUCACUGCUACAUAACUUGGACUCCAAGAUUCUUGAAGGCCUCAACCAACCACAAGGGUCCAAGUCCUUUCCUUCCCUGCUUUUGUGGGGAGAGAAGGGUCAAGUCUUCUACGACGAUGUUCUGGAAGCUCCGGAGUAUUACCCAUACCGAGUAGAAGAUGAACUUUUGCAGCAACGGGUCGACGACAUUGCCAGAACAGUGGCUUCCACAGGUACCGACAUGCUCAUCGAGCUGGGAGCAGGCAACAUGACCAAGACAGCUCAAUUUCUAUCAGCUAUCGACAAUUACAUCAGCUCUCCACUCGUUUACUACGCCCUCGACGUAGACCAGGCCUUGUUGGAACGGUCUAUUGUUGCCUUGAAAAGGCGUGUCACGUUUCGGCAUAUCGAAGUCCGCGCUCUCUUCGGGACUUAUGACGACGGAGCAAACUGGCUCGCCAGUCCCGAGAUUGCCGCCUAUCGGAGGACACUCAUGUUUCUCGGAAGCAGCAUCGGGAAUGACGAGCAGGAUGCUGCUGUCAGGUUCCUGAGCUCAUUUACCCAAGCUCCUGAGACAGGUGUUCCCCAGAAUGUGGCGGGCUUUCUACUGGCGGUUGAUGGAUGCCAAGAUGCGGCAAAAAUUGAGGCUGCUUACGAUGUGCCAGGCGGGUAUUCCCGCCGGUGGGUGAAACAAGCGCUGGAGUAUGCACGGGAGCUAUUGGGGGAGGGCAUCGAUAGGGCUGAGGUUGACCGUAUUUUUGAUGACAACAAUUGGAAGUUUGAGGGAAGAUGGUUACCUGAGCGGCAACGAUACCAGACAUAUCUCACCACGACGUGCUCUCUCACGGCAACAAUUAGGGGACAAACCAUCACCAUGGAGGAAGGGGAGAGAUUACCAAUCAUCAGCAGUGGCAAGUGGACAAGGGAGACGGUGGACGGGGUAUCUCUGAAGGCCGGUCUCAGCAUCGAGAAGUCUUGGAAGAAUCCUGAGUUUGAUUACAACAUUUAUUGGCUGCAGCCAAGCCUCAAGAGGGUGGACAGUGGCAUUGUCAUCAUUGAUGAGCUCGAAGCGGAGGGACAUGAUCAGGUGCAUCACCGCAACGAGUGAAGGGAAAUCGAAGGAUCUCUCUGCACAGCUGGCUGUGUUAUCUUGCACAAUUUGAUAGACCAUAAUGUACCAAUUGCAUGACGUCUCCAACAUUGAU